AUGUCCUUUGGUGAAGUUAUUUUACCAUUUUCAUCCAACUUACUCUCCGCUUCCUCAAUUACCACCAUUUUGAACACAUCUGACACCAAAUUAAUUUUAGGUACAGGCUUAGCUUGUACUUGUAAACAAUUAUCACAAUUUCCGUGCAGAGGACUUAGA